CCGUGUUUCGGUAGAGAAAGCAGCAGACAUGGCGAGAACCAAGCAGACCGCCCGUAAAUCUACCGGAGGCAAAGCUCCCAGGAAGCAGCUGGCCACCAAGGCGGCCCGGAAGAGCGCCCCGGCUACCGGCGGCGUCAAGAAGCCUCACCGCUACAGGCCCGGUACCGUGGCUCUGCGGGAGAUCCGUCGCUACCAGAAGUCCACGGAGCUGCUGAUCCGCAAGCUGCCCUUCCAGCGCCUGGUCCGAGAGAUCGCUCAGGACUUCAAGACCGACCUGCGCUUCCAGAGCUCCGCCGUCAUGGCUCUGCAGGAGGCCAGCGAGGCCUACCUGGUGGGUCUGUUCGAGGACACCAACCUGUGCGCCAUCCACGCCAAGAGGGUCACCAUCAUGCCCAAAGACAUCCAGCUGGCCCGCCGCAUCCGUGGAGAGAGAGCUUAAGCUGCUUGACCACACACACACACACACACACACACACAAAGGCUCUUUUCAGAGCCACACACCCAUUUUCUCUAAAGAGCUUUUUUUCUUUCAUGGUUUCAGAAUAAAAAUGUUUGGAAACACGAUGAAUGAAACUAGUAAAUAAAAAUCUAAAAACUU